AUGAAACACAUCAAGGCUUCGCUCAGACACGAGGAGCGCUUGAAGGAACAGUUGGAUGAGAAGAUUGAUAGCAUCCAAGAGUCGAACCAGGAGCUGGAAGCCGCUCUGAAGAGAAUUGAGGAUGAAUCUCCCCCGCCGGGCCCUGAAGGGCCUCCUGGAUUCCCCGGACCUCGUGGCAUGAGAGGAUUACCCGGCAUCCCUGGAAGCUUGCUUCCAGGCGCACCUGGAAUCCGAGGCCCACCAGGCCCACCAGGCCUUCCGGGCUCCAGGGGUCCUCAGGGACCUCCAGGAGUCACCGGGUCCCCGGGUCGUCAGGGCCCUCCGGGUAUGAACGGAGCAAAUGGAUUGCCCGGCGCAAUGGGUGCACCGGGGGUUGAGGGGGUUAAGGGACCGCAAGGAAUGCCGGGACUGAGAGGAAAGAACGGCAUUCCGGGUGAGCACGAGCUCUGA